GGCGGGGCCCACUAUCGGUCCUCUUCCGAGAAACGCAGAGAGGAAGUGAACGCGCAGGCGUGUUGCGGUGUGGGUGGAUUUUGGGGCUGCGCGUGAACAUGGGCGGCGUUUCUAUGGUGAGGAGGUCUCUGAUACGCCACAUGGAGCAGGACACAUCGCUGCGUUUGCUGUGAUCUCAUUUUUCGGAUGAUACGUUGUAACAGCCAGCUACAUCUCUCCCAGAUCGGUCGUAGUCGCGUUUUGCAGCUGUGUUUAUGUAUUUAAGGCCCCCGGGCGCUGAUCAAGUGUCUCUUUGAAGCUUUUAUGUAAUGAUCCGCUCUGUUAAGGAAUAUUCUGGACUCUUGUUUUAGCUGAGAAUCAGGCGUCACGUUUGGAAAUGCGUCUUCCUUCCUUGGAUACAACUUGCCCUGACGAUCAUCUGUGAAUAAAAGCUUACAUCGCAUCAUAUUGUCUGUAGAUCUCUCCCACAGGUGUCUUUCACAUGAAGGAUGGAGAUCUGAUUAAACGGCGGAGGCUGUCCAGCUCCUCGAUCAUUUCAUCAUUCGUUCACCCAAUACAGAUUUGACGUUAAUGUUUCGCCAGGAGGUUGGUGUCCUGUCUUUUAUUCCGACUUGUUCGUACCUUUUCCAAUACGAGCAGAGGAACAUGUCUCGGUAUAAUAUCUACAGUCUGCUGGACUGGAUGUAUGGAGGGGUGGACCCUAUGUUUGAGGGCAAUGGAGGCCCUGAGUGCGCAGCCUUCCUCUCUCCCCGACAGAGAAUAUUUGAGACUCUGAUCAUUGUGUUCAUUUCUAUCCUGGAAGUGGUGGUGGCUUUUAAAAAGAUCAGUGUCCCUAAAGAGGUCAGAGAUGUGGGGAAAGAUGGCAGGAGGAGUAAGGAAGACACCUGGGGCAAGAACCUGUUGCUUGUGGCUCUGUGCAUGACUUUUGGAGUUGAGGUUGGGUUUAAGUUUGCCACAAAGACUGUGAUCUACCUCCUCAAUCCAUGUCAUGUGGUCACAAUGGUGCAAAUCUUCCUGCUUGCAUGUCCCCCCUGUAAAACUGCCAUGGUUAUUUUUAGGCUUCAGGUUCAUAUGCUGAAUGGAGCCCUUCUAGCGCUUCUCUUCCCAGUAGUCAACACUCGACUGCUUCCAUUUGAGAAGGAGAUCUACUAUAUUCAGCACUCCAUGCUGUAUCUUGUGCCAGUCUACCUCUUCAGAAAAGGAGGUGUGUAUAAGCCAGAGCCACUCAGAGACAUGUGGUGGGCGCUGCUGUCCACGGGCGUCCUCUUCCUCUACCACUUUUUGUUCCUCCAGGGCCUUGGAAUGUUGACAGAAGUGAAUCUGAACAACAUGCUGUGUCCUGCUGUCUCUGACCCCUUCUAUGGACCAUGGUACCGAGUGUGGGCGACGGGCCACCAGACUGCACUGACGUUAUUGCACGGCAAGGCUCUGACCAUCCUCUCGCAGCACACCGCUCCCACAUGCCGCUAUUUAUUGGAUAUAGCACAUCUACGCAACAAGAAGUAGUACUAUUAUCAUCAUCAUCACACUUACA